CCGGCCCAGCCCGGCGCCCUCGGCAGCCAGCGGGCCUCGGAACAGGCUCCCAGAGCAGACAGGCGACCCGGCCAACGGGUCCCGGGCUCCGGCUCCGCCUACCUGGUCCCGCGCUCGAGCAGCGCCCCCGCCGCGCUGGACCCCAGUGGUCGCGCCGCCGGCGCGCGCCCCGCGGUCCUUCAAUGAACGCCCGUUUUUCAAGUGGAGCAGCGGAGCGGCGCGCCAUUGCUUUGAAAUUGACAUCCAGCGUCCCGGAUGGCUAUGUCACCCGAAAGAGGAGACCCGCUGGCUUUUCUUUUUUUCCUUUUUCUUUUUUUCCGCGUUGAGCCCAUCAAGUUUUGCAAAGCGGGGAGAUACCCUACCCCACCCCUCUCCGGCUCCCCGGCGAGAAGCCGGCGGGGGAGCGAGCGAGAACGCGAGCAGCACGAACGCUAGGGGAGCGCGGCGGUUCCUGGUAGGGCCGCGUCAGGUCAUGAUGAUGGGCAGCACCCCCGUGGCCAAGCUGCUGCUGCUCCACGGUGCGGACCCCAACUGCGCCGACCCAGUCACCCUCACCCGACCGGUGCACGACGCAGCCCGGGAGGGCUUCCUGGAGACGCUGGUGGAGCUGCACCAAGCGGGGGCGCAGCUGGACGUGCGCGACGCGUGGGGCCGCCUGCCCGUGGACCUGGCUGAGGAGAGGGGUCACCGCCACGUAGUCCAGUACCUGCGCGUGGCGGUGAAGGGGGCACCCAGCAUGGUAGCCACGCCCCCUACAGACCCAGAGAUGGGUCCAGCUGAUGACCAACCCGACCCCAACUUAAGGAAACCCUGAUUCACCGAAAUGCAGUGACCUGCAAUCAAGUUUAAAUACAAAAAGAACCCCCAAUCUUUAUUUCCUUUCCCCUAAAAAUCAACUCCCAUUUGUAUUCAAAUCAACUUCCAUUUGUAUUCUUACCAAAAAAAAAGAUUCUAUUAAACUGAUACGGUUGGUAACUUUUCAAUGA